ACAGACCAUAAUAUUGAUAGCUUUUCCAGUGUGGACAUGGACUUUACAUUAGGAUUGCCACCUCAAGCAGCUUACGACCUUUUAAUUAAUCAAGACAACAAAACAUACUCCAGAGAAAUCAAUGGCCGCCCACUUCUGAAAGCCAUAUCAAGAAAAGUUACAUCAGAGAUAGGUAUGGGGAAUAGGCCGGUCCUGGAGGUUGAGAAAGAGUUGUCAUGGAACUUCCUUUUCUUUUCUGGAACUAUCCCAAUACGUCUAAAUGUCCUCGAAGAGCCAAAAGAACUUGCUGCAUAUAACUGGAAAAUGAGAAAAGGAAUGGACUACAUGGAAACGUUCAAGGUUAACUAUAGAGUGGAGCCAAUGUUUGUUGAUGCAGAACGCUUGUGCAAGCACAAGAAGCCGAAGAGUAUAGAAGAAUACAGAAAAUGUAGUGGUGGAAAAGGAUUGAUUGCGUCCAAGGUUAAAGUGGACCAGAAUUUUAGGCCUUCUUUUCCUUGGAAUCUGCCACUGCUGUCUUGGUACUUUCGCCGGUUCACUGUUGAGACCACUAAGAAAGUGGCGGAAGAUCUUCAAACGCGGGCUGGCGAUAUCCGUCGGUUGUAACGUCUUCGUAAAACAACACAUCAAAAAGUGUUUUAAAAUCGCAUUAUCAUAAAUUCGAAUAGCAGAAUUUUUAAAAAUCUUGAUAUUUUUCACCAAUAAGUACCGGGGAAAGAUUUGCGCCUAGCGCAGGGGUGAAAGUGAUGAACAAAUUUUCCUAAACAUGAUAUUAAUUAUGUUACAUCAAUUAUUUGCAUCGGUAAAAUAAGAAAUUUUACAACCCCG